AUGAAAUAUCUAUUCAGUUUGAUUCUCUUAAAUUUUAUUUUUGCAUCACCUCAAAUCAAUCUGCAUUAUACAGAUUGGAUCAAUGAGAGUGAAAGUAAUUAUAUUUUACAACAUAAUUGCUUGCGUAUUGCUGUUGCUAUUGAUAAAAACAAUAUUUAUCGUGAAAUUACAUCUUAUUGUAUGAAUGAAUUACCAUCAAAAUUUCAUAUUGAGAAACAUAAUAGCUUUCCAAAAUUUACCUUUGGUGAACUUUCGAAACGAAAUAUUACUAGUCAACAAUUAUAUCUUUGGUUAACUCCGAUUGAUAUUGUUGAACGUUAUCAAUUCUAUUUAAAUCAAUUAUCAACAUCAGAUGAUAAAUCUUUGGAAACACAAGUUUUCUAUAAUUGUACAUUUCCAAGAUUCGGUCCGAGUCCGAUGUGUCAAUAUGAAAUGAAUUAUUAUUAUGAAAACCAAUCAUCUUUAUAUGAUAUUAUUCAUGAUUAUUAUAAUAGGUAUCCGUAUGAUCCAACUACUUUGACAUGCUAUAUUCAUUUACAAUGUAAUCGUGGCCCUUUUCCAUUAUGUAUAUAUUGGAGAGAAAUUUGUGAUGGACAGAAUCGUUCCUGGUGUGAAAGUGAACUUAAUAAUUCUUCCUUGUGUAACAAUGCACUCGAUUCCAAUGACUGGUGUGAAGAUGAACGUGAAUAUGUUUUCUCGACUAAAAAGAAUAUUUCAUUUCAAAUUAUUUGUGAUGGAUUUGUUGGGGUAUUUCCAAAAACAAUCGAAGGAAAAAUUGAAACCGAUGAAACGGAAUGUGAACAAUGGUCAUGUAAUAACAUUCAUACUUAUUGUGAUGGCAUAUGGAAUUGUCCUCAUGGUGAAGAUGAAAUUGACUGCUACUCAUUUUCAAAAUUAAAUUGUUCUUUAGAUCAUCACCUAUGUGUUUUACCCGACACAAAUCAAUUGGUAUGUCUAUCUAUUGAGAAAAUCAAUGACGGCAAGAUCGAUUGUCUUGGUGCUACUAAUGAGCCAACAUUAUGUCCGGGACAAUCUAAUAUGUACUUUGGCGCGAACUUUUAUUGUACAUACAGAAGCAGGGGAGAGUGCAUUUCUAGUUUGGAACUAUGUAACAACAAGAAAAUUUGUGAUCAAGAAGAUGAACAAUUUUGUGUUAAAAAUCGAAGUGUUCCCAUAGAAGAUUAUGUUUGUCAUCGGUCAAUGAGAUCUCUUCUUUCUGAUGUCGAGAAAUUUUUAUGUAGAGUAGCAGAAGUGAAGAUUAGACAAAUAUUAAAAUAUUUUUCAUUAGAUGGAAUUGAUGAAGAGAACAAUCAUAUGUUUCUCGAUGAAACAAAAACUAUGCUUUCAAAAUCAUCUACCUUAGAAACUCGUCAAAAACAUCAACAUCAAUGUCAUCGUGGUUUUGACUUACGUGUCUGGUUAAAUGAUGAAAAGAAUUUAACAAUAAAUACAUGUUUUUGUCCACCUAGUUACUAUGGUGCUCAAUGUCAAUAUCAAAAUCAACGAGUAAGUUUGACUAUUAAAUUUCGAGCAUUAUCAGAUUCUUGGUCAACAUUAUUUGCAAUAAUUAUUUCACUUAUUGAUGAUAUUGAUGAAAAAAUUAUUCAUUCAUAUGAACAGUUCACUUAUUUGUUGAUAAGAGAUUGUAAAGAAAAAUUUAAUAUUUAUUUGCUUUAUUCAACUCGAUCAAAAAAUCAAACAAAAAAUUAUGCAAUACAUAUUGAUAUCUAUGAAAAAGUUUCAUUAUCUCAUCGAGGAAGUUUAUUAUUUCCAAUAAUAUUUCCAUUUUUACCUGUUUAUUGUGUAGCAUAUAAAGUUGAUAUUUCACGAAAGAAUGAACACAUCAAAAGUUGUUCGAACUCUCUAUGUAUUCAUGGAAAAUGUAUCAUGGAUUUAAAUAAACGAUCGUUCAAGAAGGAUGUUCAGGGUACGGUGAAAACGCGUUUAAUAAUUCUAGACAUUUAG